AUGGCGCGGCCGUCCGCCUCGCCGCCGCGCAGCGGCCCGGCAGUCGAGACGCCGCCGCCCAUCGAGUCGCUCGCCGACAUCGUCUCGGCCCAGCACGCGUCCGGCGGCGGCAGCUGGGGGCGGCAGUCUGCAUCCGCGGCCUUUGCGGGCGCCGUCGACGACGCGGUGCCGCAUCGCGACGAGAGCCGCUGGUCCGGCUUCCACCUCUGGCGCAACGAGCAGCAGCAGCAGCAGCAGCAAGAGCAGCAGCAGCAGACGCAGACGCAGCGCGCCGCAAGCGCCUCGCUGACGGACACCGAGGUUGGCGCCAGCGACGUCACUGCGCGGCCCACGCAGCACGUGUCCUCUCCCGCGCAGACGACAUGGAGCGCCUGGGCACGCAGCCUGCCCAGCCGCCUGGUAGGCGCCGCAACGCGCCAGAGCCGUGCACGAAGGCCGAGCAGCAGUGUGGAGCCGCCGAGCAGCGUGGCCGCGGCCACCAGCGAGGAGGAGGGGCGCAUGUCGCAGAUGCAGUUCAUCGUGCUCACCGCGGCCAUUGCUGGCGCGCAGAUGGCGUGGUGCCUCGAGCUCGCCUACGGAACGCCUUAUCUGGUCUCUCUCGGCCUCUCCAAGUCCGCAACCAGCUUGGUCUGGCUAGCGGGCCCAGCGAGCGGCAUGGUAGCGCAGCCUCUCGUCGGCUCCCUCUCGGACCGCUCGACGUCUCGCUACCGCCGCCGCGCCUACAUCGUCGUCUCGACGGCCCUCGUGGCGCUCUCCACUCUCGUCGUCGCCUUUUCGGGCCCGCUGGCUUCUUUCAUCGUCGAUGCAGUGGGCAAUGGGCUCGGCGACUGGGACCCGGAGCGGCAGGAGGCCCUCGGACACGUCGACCGUGCGCUUGCCAUCUCCGGCUUCUGGGCGCUGGAUCUGGCGCUCAACGCACUGCAGGCCUCUGCGCGCGCCUUGAUCCUCGACACUGCGCCCGCAGCUCAGCAGACGCUGGCGAAUGCAUGGCAGGGACGCAUGACGGCGCUCGGCAACGUCAUUGGCUACUCGAUCGGCUAUGCCGACCUGGGCCGCCAGCCGUGGCUGCGCUGGAUCGGCGGCGGCCAGUUCCGCAAGCUGGCGCUCAUCGCGCUCCUCGGCAUGGCGCUGGGCGUCGGCAUUACCUGCGCCGGCACGCCCGAGAAGCAAAUCGCAGAGAGCUCGGCGUCGCGCCAGGGCGGCGUCCUCGCCGAGCUGCGGCGCAGCGUACGCGACAUCUGGCAUGCCAUUGUGCGUCUGCCUCGGCCCGUGCGCAGAGUCUGCGCCACGCAGAUGUUUGCGUUCAUGGGCUGGUUCCCCAUGCUCUUCUACGCCUCGAGCUACAUUGCCGAGAUCCACGCGUACGACCAUCUGCAGGCGCACGCGCAGCCGCAGAUUGGCGACAAGGAUGCAGAGCGCGGCAGCUUGGCAUUGCUGCUGUACGCCCUCGUGGCACUCGCCGCGGGCAUGCUGCUGCCUUACGCUGCGCUGGCUGCGGGCUCGCAUCGGCCCAAGCUUCUCGGCCCAAACGAUCAGCUGCGCGCAUCGCCGCACGGCGAAGACGGCGAGCAAGAGGCCGGCACGCCCCGCAUCAGUCUCUCGCGCACGCAGCGGCUGGCACGAGGCUUGCGCGAGGGCAUGACGCUGCGGUCCAUCUGGACGGCGUCGCUGGUGCUGCUCGCCGCACUGAUGGCCGGCACGCUGCUGCCUCUGCGCACCAAGGCGGCCACUGCACUCAUCGCCGCCGUCGGCAUCAGCUGGGCGGUCGCAAGCUGGGUGCCGUUUGCUCUGGUGAUGGAGUUCGCCAAGGAGGCGGAGCAAGGCUCGAGCCCAUUCGAGUUCGAGACGGAUUGGCACGGCCCAGCACGCGUCGCUCAGCGGCGAGAAAGCAUGCUGGCAGCCGAGCGCAGCGCCGCACGAGAACAGCUCAACGCCGCGCUGGGCGACUGUGCUCCGCUUCGAGGCGGCGAGAACGAGCCUGCAGUGAACGGCGGGACGUUCCUGGCGCGUGGCACCGAGGUGGUGGAGGAUGGUGCCGCGCCUGGCGAUGGAGAAGGCGGCCUCGGCGGCACGAUCCUCGGCAUCCACAACCUCGCCAUCGUCCUGCCUCAGUUCGUCGUCGCCAUCGUCGGUGCGCUCAUCUUCCGCGCAGCAGACGCCGCAGCUGGCGGCGAGGCAGGCGACGUGCCGCGCCCCGAGCAUAGAGGCACGGCGUGGGUGCUGCGCUAUGGCGGCGUCAUGGCGCUCGUUGCUGCACUCCUCACGCGCUAUGUCCCCCUCACGCAAACGGAGCGAGAGCGACGAGGAAAACGCGUAGGGCCGCACUUUGAUGACGAAGUGGGGUCAGAUGAAGGCGCAGUGGAAUGA